AUGUCAAAAACAUCCUCAGAUACUUCCUUUGCUUCAAAGUACUCAAAUUCUAAAUUAUACUUUAGAAUAUUCACCCUGCUCUCUUCCCCAACUCCUAGCCAAAAAUGCUCCAAAAUCCUAUCAUCCCUCCCAAGUCCACCUGCCAAAUUUCCCUUAUUCAUGAUCUUCCAAUCAGUUUUGGAGCGCAUCAAAUCAAGAUUAACAGACCAAAAGGAUUUGAGAAAUCACCAAUACAGUUAUUUCGGAGAAAUCAUCCAAUGGUUCUUAACCAAUCUAUUCCACACAGAAGGAGACAUCAUCGAGAUAUUGAAGGGUGACUUCGACACCCAAGAAAUCCUACAAAGAUUGAUCAGCACAAAAGACAAGGUCCUCAACUUUUAUGCAGCCAAUGGUUUCCUCCAUGAGAGUGGAAUGCCUAAAGAAGUAGCAGAUCUGACUACCAAUUUCUAUGAGAGACUGAUAUCUGAAGUCUUGGCUCAUAUCUCGCUUGAUGACAUUCUCAAUGAAGAGCAUAUUAGUGAGUCAGCAUGGUACUCCAAAGAGGAUCUAGAUGUUUUCGCAAAAAUGUUCUAUUCUGCAGAAAUAUUCCAGACUACUAAAAGAGAAAUCCUUGGUCUACAGAAUGACAAUACUACCAAAUUAAUGACAUUGGCUAGGCUGAUCGAGAACUCAGUUGAUUUCGAGAGGAUUCUUGAUAUAGAUACCCUCCCAAUACUGCUUCCAUAUAUUGGCUCUAGAAGGGAAGACGCCAAAACAUCCACUUCUGCUGCUGAAGAAGGCUUCUUAGAGAACUUCUCCAAAGAGAAAAUUAUCCGAUCAGUAGUUUGUGGCAAAUUAUUGCACAAAAAUUACUCUAAAAAGGAUGCAAAAGUGUUAUUCGACAUUCUUAAAACUCUAGUACAACCAGACACUGUGAGUCCCUAUCUGACCAAAGCACUAGAGAUCUGGGAGACAAAGAGACUGAUCAAUAUCGGAAGUAUUAAUCAACUUGAGUACCUGACGUACUUAGUCAGACACUUAAUACUCUUCAGUACGAAGUUGGACAGAUCCCAGGUUGACUCUAUCAGAAUAGGGAUAAACACCAGACUUGAUACGAAGCGUAAAGAAUGAGUCCUGCAUGCGAACAUAAUCUGGGAUACCUUCACUCACAUAAACUCGAUAGAGAAUAGCAUUCUUACUCCAGAUCAAAUCGAGGAAUUUGAUAUGAUCCAAGAAAAGCCUGUUCCAGUUAAAACGAACAAAAUAAAGCAAGAAGUUGAAAGCAAGGAUACAACAGGAGAAACUAAAGAGUUCUAUGACUCUAAUGACAGUGACAAUGAUAGCGACUUUGCACCCUUUGAAAUGGAGGAAGACGACGGUUCUGAUGUGAUAUCUGUGUCAAGACCUACCCAUUUAUAUGAUCUAUAUCUCGGGCUCCAGAGCGAUAGUCUUGAAAGAUUUCAUCUAGCACUUGAAGUAUCAGAAGAACUUAUUACUAAAAAUCUUCCAAAUCUUGAGUCAAUGAUUCCUGAUCUUAUUGAGAUUCUGUUUAGGUUAGAGAAUAAAUUCAAUAAGGAUGACUUUGAGAAGCUAAAGAAGGGAGCAAUAAAAGCAUGCUUAUUUAUAAAACCUGCAACCUCAGCCCCCAUAUUCUUCCAAAGGCUAGGAUACAGAGAGGCUUCUCUCGGUCAGAAAAUGGGAUUACUCUCCUUACUUGAAGAAGUGGUCAAAGAACUGGCUAAUACGGAGGAACAAGAAAGAACUUUUUCUGAGAAAUCUGCCUCUGAUGAGGACCCUUCACAUGAGUUUAGAUCCUUCUUUGAGACUCCUUCUGAAGAAGGUGCCUUAUCAGAGGCAUCUCAGAAGAUAAAUGAGAGGAUUCUAGAGAAUACAACAUUUAAGAAGAGUUAUGAAAUCUCGAAAAGGAAGGGCGUAGUGAAGAAGAAUUAUUUCCUAACUUUGAGCCACAAGUUCUUAUAUCCUCUUCUGUCCCUCCCAGUGUACUCAGAUACAUACAUGUCGUUCCUUGAUCAGCAUGAUCUAGCUUUGACUUACCUACACUGCUUAUCCACAGUACUAUUUUACAGUAUGAACAGCCAUCAAUUUGAGUCCUUCGCAAAGGAAACUCUGGAGAUGCUUCCUGUUUACAUGGAGCUAAAUGAGACAAGCAUCAGGAAAAUCUUGCUUGAGAUAUUCACUACUUUGAUCCUUGGCACAAAGCAGUUCAUGCUUCAAGAUUUGAAGGAGAAAUACAACGAAGUCUAUAAGUGGGUAACCAACAUUAGAGAGGACGACGGAGACCUGCAUCUCAAGACCACGUGCGAUAAGUUACUACAGAUUUUAUCGACUCUCCAGGAUAGCUAAAAGACAACCAGUGUGCUGAUUUAUUU